GAUGUAGGAGUAACAUUUAUGGUUGAGUUUCUAUCAAAUAUCAAAUAGCAAUAAAUAUUUUCAUCACCCAAACUAGCGGUGAUGACAACACUACAACAGACAACAAAACCUCAAACCUAAUACUCCGUACUACGUAAGAUGCACAUAUAGAAUGAAGUCAAUGAACCACAAACAUAGUUAAGUAAUUAUUAAUUUAUCAUGUCCGGCGACAAAAUCCUUUCCUUUUACGGACCACCACCGGAGGGAGGGGAAGAAAACGAAGAAGCGGCCUAUAAGUUCCUCAAGAUUGUCCCAAACCCCGACGGAUCCCUCACCCGGCUAAACCACAUCCCCGUUUCACCCUCCAACCCUUCCGAUCCCAAUCUCGCCCUCUCCAAAGAUAUCCCCCUCAACCCCUCCGCCGCCACCUUCAUCCGCCUCUUCCGCCCCCCUCCGCCUCCUUCCUCCUCCCCCUCAGGGGCCAAGCUCCCUCUCGUCAUGUACUUCCGCAUGGCGGCCGAAUUUCCCGCUGUCGUCGCGUCCCCAGAGCACCGCCUGCCCGCCGCUUAUGAGGACGCGGCGGACGCGCUCGCGUGGGCCCGGGGCCAGGCGAGUGACACCACGGAGCGGGACCUGUGGAUGGGGGAGCUCGUCGACUUCUCCAGAGCUUUCCUCAUGGGAAGCAGCGCGGGAGGAAAUAUCGGUGCGGGCCGCGACCACGGGUACUCGAACCCGCUGGUCGUGGCGGCAACAGGGGGGUCCGGGGUGGAGGAGAAGAUCGGACGGCUGCCGAGGAGCCUGGUGAGAGGGUACGCGGGGGACCCAAUGGUGGACAGGCAGAAGGGUUUUGCCAGCUGGUUGAGGGAUCACGGCGUUAGCGUGGUGCCGCAGUUUCUGGAGACGGGGCAUCAUGCGGCGGAGAUGUUUGAUCCGGCGGCCGCCGAUGCUCUGUAUGCUGCCAUCAAGGAUUUUAUUAACGACGGCUCGGAUCACGCAAAAUGAUUAUGUUUUGGUCAACGCGCGCUAUCCACACUAUUUAAUCACAAAUUAAACAAACUUAAAAUAAUUAAAUAUUGUAAAAAAUUUCAUAUUCCAAAAUUAUAUUUUAAAAUCAACUAAAUUUUAUUAAAUUUAAACUAUAAGUAAAUGAUUUUUCCAUAA